GGAGAGAAUACUCAGAAUCAUCGAUCCACGCCACCUAGGAGUCAUCACACCCCAUUGCGCUUACGUUGGAAAUGGAAUCGCAAUCUAAUCCCGACAUCUUCGAAGCGGCCCGGGAUCGAUUCAUCGACUCUCUCAGUCCCGAGGACCGUUUGCUCUAUUCGCCCUGCGUCUCAGCCGAAGACUUCAGAGAGGCUGUCAAGAAGUUGGAGGCGACCGUAGCGCGAGUGGGACGUCGGGGCAACCGAUGAGGUGUGUAUACACACUCUCAAAGCGUCUUGAGCCAUAUUUCGAGGUCAUGAACAUCUUCAUCCAGUCGAAUCCCCAGUAUUCGGCCCUCUUUUGGGGCGCUUUUCGUCUUGUUCUUCAACUGUCAAGUAAUCUCGUCACUUUCUUCGAGAAGCUCCUGGAGCUCCUCGACCAGCUUCUCACUUUCUUUCCCCGGUACGAGGAGGUUGCGAAGCUAUGCAACGAUGAGAACUCGGAGCGGAUCCGUAAGAAUAUCGAGGAAAUCUACGUAGACUUUCUUGGGAUAUUCCAGAUCGCCGUCAAAGUCUUCACACGAUCUACUGGAAAACUCAAACGAACACCAAUGGUUUUGGGGAGCCUUUUAUGGCAGCCAUUCGAUGUCAAGUUCAAGGAACUGCUUGAGAGAAUGGAAGUUCAUAACCACAACAUUUCUGAAGAGGUCAAUGUUUGGAAGUUCAAGCGCGAUGGCAAACAAAUUGCUGCCACGGCAAAUUGGCGCGAGUAUGUUCAGAAAGAGCAUCAAAGUGCAGAACGGGAGCGCGCCCUGGCUCAGGAAGAGAGGCGUCUGAUGGCGGAGGAGAGACGUCUCAUGGAAGCAGACAGUGAAGAGAACGCAGAGUCGAGGACAAAAAUUCCUCUUCUUCUGUCCGAAAUUCGAGAUGCCAAGUCUCAUUUGGAGCAGCAACGCCUUAAUGCAACGGUUGCAAGAGUUCAGGAGUGGUUGCGGCCCUCAGACCAUGUUGACGCGCGGGAGAUGAACUCCAAGAUGCGUGAUGGUUCCACAGCAUUGUGGAUAUUUGACCACCCGCAGUACCGAUCCUGGAUAGAUACUGAGCACUGCGCAUGCCCAAGCGGCAAUAAGAGAUCAUGAAAGUUUGCUACAAACAUGCUUUGGAUUCAUG